CUGCUGCAGGGCGUGCACCAGGGAGCCGGCUUCCAAGACAUACCGACAAAAUGCCAGAAAGCUCGGGAGCACUUCGGAACAGUGAGGACGCAGCUGGAAUCUCUGAAGACCAAGUUUCCCGCUGAUCAGUAUUACAGAUUUCACGAGCACUGGAGGUUUGUGCUUCAGCGGUUGGUGUUCCUGGCAGCGUUUGUCGUCUACUUGGAGUCGGAAACGUUAGUGACCCGCGAAGCUGUUGCAGAAAUACUUGGGAUCGAAGCCGAGCGGGAGCGGGGCUUUCACCUGGACAUUGAAGACUAUCUUUCUGGCGUGCUGACUCUCGCCAGUGAGCUGGCCAGGCUGGCCGUGAACAGCGUCACGGCCGGUGACUAUUCUCGCCCCCUCCGCAUCUCGACUUUCAUCAACGAGCUGGAUUCCGGCUUCCGCCUGCUCAACCUGAAGAACGACUCCCUGAGGAAACGAUACGACGGCCUGAAAUACGACGUGAAGAAAAUUGAGGAAGUGGUUUACGACUUGUCGAUCAGAGGACUCAGUAAGGAGGCAGCGGGGGGUGGGGAGAAGUGAAGGACGCUCCUGGUAACGGCAUCAUCGAUUACCUCCGAUGGUUGCCAGUUCCGACAGUAGCUUAGAAGAAGUGCGGCUGAAAGCUGCUCUCUAUUUUCUUACAAAAG